AAUACCAAGUGCAAAGCCGAAUUACCUUGAAAAGAUAAUUGUGGGAUCACAUACUACAAAAGCUCGACUACUACAUUAUUUUCCGAUUCAAUCAAAUGAUGAUAAAGCAAAUGGAAAUAUUGAAAAUAUUGACGAUUCUUGGUGUGGGUGGCAUGUGGAUAAUUCAUCCAUCACAGGAUUAACAUCUGCAAUGUAUAUAAACGAAUCCGAUUCGACAUUUCCUGAAGUUCAAUGUCCAGAUCCAUCAUCUGGUCUUUAUAUAAAAACCAAAUCUGAUAAAAUUGUUAAAGUUUCAAUACCUAAAGAUCAUUUAGCAUUUCAAUUAGGAGAAGCAAUGCAAAUGGCCUCUAGAAAUAAUUUGUUAGCAACUCCUCAUAUGGUUAAAGGAAUUUCACCAAAUAUUAAGAAUGAAAUACCAAUUAAUGUCAUCUCUAGAAACACUUUCGCAGUGUUUAUGCAACCAUCAUUAGAUGAAAUGGUUGGGGAUGUUACGUUUGCGGAAUUUGGUGGAAAUGCAAUUCGGAUUCAUUAUUGA